AAUUACAGAUAUUGUUUAUAAACAUGCUCUGUGGGACUCGUUUUCUGUUUCUGAGGGCUGGGUAAAGGGGAGGUCCUUCAUUGCAUUUGAAGAUUCGAUUACGAACACAUCAGGAACUGUUUACUUCGUCUAUCACCUCAAGGUGCCCUCGGGCUCACUGUGUCUGUUGGUUGGGAUCAGGAGGCGAGGAGCAGCUGAAGCAUCUCUCAGAGGCACACUGUCAACAUUUCCAAAAGCACUGAAACCAAAGCAGCAGUCACGUGAUUUAAGCACGAAUUAAACCGAUUGCAUAAAAAGCUUCUUGAUGAGGCAGGAAAAUGAAGCAAGAACAGGAAGCGAAGGCGGUGUUGCUGGACUGAAAUACCAAAUCAAGCUCUUCAAUGCGCAACCCAACCAAUUAGAGCACCCUCAAUCAAAUCUACAUGUACGUCUGAGCGUGUGUGUCUGAGCUAGCGCUUGAAUCUAUGUUCUUAUGCAGGGAUGGAGUGGUCUUUAGAGCGGAUGAGGGAAUGGGUGGCAGGUGGCAUGCAGUCGGUGCGAGAGUGUGAGUCCAGCGCUCUAGGCACUGCUCUUUGUCUCGCCCUUCUGUUUAUCUGGUACUGCUAUCGUGUGGGAUGUGAACACACCAGCCCAUCUCUCCGUGGCGGUUUCAGCCCUGAGCCGCGUGUUGGCGCUGUACCUGGCGUUCUGGCCUCAGAGCUCUCGUCCCGUGGAGGCUCCUCCAAACUCCGGCAGAUCGGUGGGGUUGGAGGAGGUGGAGUCAGUGAUGAAGAACUCAAUGGGUUUGCCUACUGCCAGUCCUCAGAAUGCUUCCGGUGCACCAAACCUGGUGAAGGCCUGAACCAGCGGCUGUACCACAGCCUGCAGGAGUACGCCAAACGCUACACCUGGGCUGGCAUGGGCCGCGUGCACAAGGGCGUACGCGAACAAGGCCGUUAUUUACUCUGCAGCCGUCCGUCUAUCCAAAAACCUGAGGUUUUCUUCUUGCCAGACCUUCCCUCAGCUCCUUUCUUCUCCCGGGAAGCGCAGAAGCAUGACGUGGAGCUCCUGGAGAGAAGUUUCCCUGCACUUCUGGCUGAGUUUGAAAGUGUAUACCGGCUGCCAUCCAGUCGGACCGGCUCUUCACUUCCACCUGGCUGGAAGGCCAACAGUACCCCCCGUGGCCAGUGGUGGACCUUCUAUCUGGUGAACCAGGGUACUCCAAUGGUGCUGAAUGCCAGAAGGUGUCCACGUACAUGGAGGGUUCUUGGGCAGCUCCGUACUUUUAUUGCCAAUAAUGUGUUUGGAAAUGCCUGCUUCUCUGUGCUCAGUCCAGGAUCCACCAUCACUGAACACUACGGCCCCACUAAUGUACGCCUGCGCUGCCAUCUUGGACUGAAGGUGCCCUCUGGUUGUGAGCUGGUAGUCGGUGGAGAGCCGCAGUGCUGGUCUGAGGGAAGCUGCCUGCUGUUCGAUGACUCUUUUCUUCACACUGCAUUUCAUGAUGGUUCUGCAGAAGACGGCCCAAGAGCGGUAUUCAUGGUAGACCUGUGGCAUCCAAACGUGGCCGCAGCUGAAAGACAGGCACUGGACUACAUCUUCACUCCCGGCCGCUGAAGGAGAGCAGCAACAAGCAAAGGGUCAAAGAUUUCCAUUGUAUCAACAGAACGAAUCGAGUGCAAAGGGAAAGACAGGAGUGUGGAGAGAACGUCGCUCUCUUCCUGUAGUACAGUAUACGUACCUUUACUCUCACUUUCCCUCCUGGCACUGCUUCAGUAGAGACUUUGAUGUACCGUCACUAUUGUACAUUAUCAGUGUUUACAGACCUCCUUGAGUCUUAACCAUAGCAAAAACCUGCUGUUGAACUGUGCUUGAGACUAAGCCCUCGCGUAGAUCUUACAAUUUAGCUGCAGGGUCACAUUAUAAUCAAUAUCUUUACACCUGACAGUCAAUCGCACAUGGAAAUGCACUUUGUUUUUUGCUAAGCCUGGUCACUAAAGUCAGGUGGGAUUGUAUAGGAAGCACAGUACAUUGUUUGGUCUGUACAUUUUUACCAAGGUUAGGCUCACAGAAGCUAAGCUAAACAGUCGUAAAACUGGCACAUGCUGCAGAGACAAGAGAUUUGACAUUUGCUGUAAAGCUACGUGGAUAUAAGGCAGAGAUGUUAUGCGAAGCGAACUGAAGCACUACCAGCUUUUGUGUAAACUGACCUCCAUUAAACGCACUAUAGCGGCACGUAUUUUGCUGCCACCAAGAAGUCAGGGUCGGAUGGAAAGUAUAUGAGCACAUCAAAUCAGCCUGCUUUCCACUUUACUCUUUCCUAACCUUGAUUUCUUUUAAUGAAUUGAAUCGAAACGCGGUAUCAAUCGCUUUGUAACUCUGUGAAACUAAAGAGAGACACGACGCUUACUGUUUUCGGAAAAAAAACAACAACAACAAUGUUAUGGCUGUUAAUGUGUGCUAUUGGUUCAACUUUAUUGUGCUUUGUCGUGCUGCUUGUUAGCAGAGCUUUCGUGGUUGUUGCAUUGAUAUUGGUACAUUCCUUUUGUAAGACGACAGGCCGUUUUGAGACAAGUUUCGUGAGAAGUGACAUUUUAUAUCGUUGUGAAACUUUUUGGAGUUGCCGAUCAAUUUUAAGACAACGUUCCUACUUCCAUGUUUUGCGAAAUUGUGUGCCAUGGACUCACUUUGCAAUGGAUGAGUAAUUCUGUCGAUUUAAUAAAGAAUUCAAUUUAAUAUUG